GCAGUAUGUCCUGUCUUGUGCAUUUCCUUGCCACUUGCCAGCUCCGCGCCUCUCUCUCUCUAAACCACUCGCAUCUUUCUCUCUCUAGAAACAAGAAGAAGAGGAAGAGCAAAACAAAAGAUGUCGUCCGAUGAAGAAGGAGGAGAGGAGUACCUCUUCAAGAUUGUGAUAAUCGGCGACUCAGCCGUCGGUAAAUCGAACCUACUCUCCCGCUACGCUCGUAACGAGUUCAACGCUCAUUCCAAAGCCACGAUCGGCGUCGAGUUCCAGACGCAGAACAUGGAGAUCGAAGGCAAAGAUGUCAAAGCUCAGAUUUGGGACACUGCUGGUCAAGAACGCUUCCGUGCCGUCACCUCCGCGUACUACCGCGGCGCAGUCGGUGCGCUAGUCGUCUACGACAUAAGUCGUCGCUCAACCUUUGAGAGCGUCGCACGUUGGCUUGAUGAGCUCAAGACACAUUCAGAUACAACGGUGGCGAGGAUGCUGGUGGGGAACAAGUGCGACCUAGAUAACAUGAGAACGGUUAGCGUCGAAGAAGGCAAAGCCCUAGCGGAAACCCAAGGAAUGUUCUUUAUGGAAACAUCGGCUCUCGAUUCAACAAACGUUAAAACAGCUUUUGAAAUGGUGAUCCGCGACAUCUACGCCAAUGUUAGCAGGAAACAACUCAACUCCGAUACGCAUAAAACCGAACUGAAGUGGAACAGCCGAGUAAGUCUCGUUAAGGACGACAAUAAGGGAUCUACGCAAGGGUUCGGUUUCUCUUGCUGUUCUUCCUCUUGACCUCCCUCAUAUCUUGGUUUCUAAAUUAUUUUUUCUUUUGCUUCAUUUGUUACAUUCAACACACAAAGUUUCAUAAGAUUUACUUUUGUUU